AACAAAUAUUAAGUUGCACCAUAUGAAAUUGUUGUUUUUAAGUAAAAUACAGUCAGGUAGCAGCAUUUUCAUAUGAUUCAGCCUAUGAUUUACACAUAAGAAACUAUUCGGUCCUUUUUCAAGGCAGGCUGGACCACUUUCCCCAGCAGUGCCAGCCCUGGAUCCAUCUUCCCCGCAGUCCUCUCUUUGUACACAAGGGCUGCUGAUUGGCCAGAGGGAACCACACAGCGGGGCAUGUGGGCACAUUCCAUGACUGUUCAGGAUUAUCAGGAUCUCAUAGACCGAGGAUGGCGAAGAAGCGGAAAAUAUAUGUACAAACCUGUCAUGAACCAAACUUGUUGUCCUCAGUACACAAUAAGGUGCCAACCUUUACAGUUUCAGCCAUCAAAAUCUCACAAGAAGGUUUUGAAGAAAAUGUUGAAAUUUCUGGCUAAAGGGGAAAUUUCAAAAGGACAUUGUGAGGAUGAGCCCAUGGAGCCCACCGUGGAGGAUGCUGUUGCGGGUGACUUUGCAUUAAUAACGAAAUUGGAUGCACAGUGUGACCUUAGAACACUCAGUGGUGACUUCAGAGAGAGCUUAGAGAGUGAAGAGAAGAAGAAAAUAAAGAGCUUAAAGAAAGAAGAAUCUAAUGAAUUAAUUCAGUCACAAGAUAUAGAAGAGAAGUUGGGCUCUGGUGAACCAUCACAUUCAGUUAAAGUGCAUACAGUCCCUAAGCCAGGCAAAGGGGCAGAUUUGAGUAAACCUCCCUGUCGAAAAGCAAAGGAAAUCCGGAAAGAAAGAAGAAGGUUAAAACUCAUGCAGCAGAACCCAGCCGGAGGACUUGAGGGUUUCCAGGCUCAGUGUGAACCACCAGCUUUGUUCCCAGCAAAAGCUAAAUCAAACCAGCCCAAAUCACUUGAAGAUUUAAUCUUUGAAUCUUUACCAGAGAAUGCAUCACACAAGUUAGAGGUGAGGGUGGUGAGAUCAUCUCCACCAAGUUCUCAGUUCAAAGCCACAUUUCAGGAGUCUUACCAGGUCUAUAAACGUUACCAGAUGGUUGUUCACAAGGACUCACCUGAUAAACCAACUGUGAGCCAGUUCACCAGAUUCCUUUGCAACUCACCUUUGGAGGCAGAGAAUCCCCCUAACGGACCGGAUUGUGGCUAUGGCUCCUUUCACCAGCAGUAUUGGCUUGACGGAAAGAUCAUUGCCGUGGGGGUGAUUGACAUCCUUCCAUACUGUGUAUCGUCUGUCUAUUUGUACUACGAUCCUGAUUAUUCAUUUCUGUCUUUGGGUGUCUACUCUGCCCUCCGAGAAAUUGCUUUUACUAGGCAACUUCAUGAGAAAACACCUCAGCUCAGCUAUUAUUAUAUGGGUUUCUACAUUCAUUCAUGUCCCAAGAUGAAAUAUAAGACCAGAAGGUCCCUGAGAGCUGAAACUGGCAGUGUUACUGUUCUCUGUGGCAUGCCCCAGACCUUAGCAGGCAGCCCGACGUGUAGGAGGUUGGAUUCAAGAGGAAGAACUUGGAAUCAGCCCUUCUCACUGUUGUCUAGGGUCAGUAUAGACCGUCUGACUUGCUGUGUCCUGAGACGUACGUUUGGGUGCCCAUCGAGCAGUGUCUGCCUUCCCUUGAGAACUUCAAGUACUGCCGUUUCAACCAGGACCCGGAAGCAGUGGACGAAGGGCGCUGUAAGGAUCCUGACCGCCUGCAGGUGUUUUACAGGAAAGCCGUAAUGCCUUACGGUGUUUAUAAGAAGCAGCAGAGAGACCCCAGCGAGGAGGCCGCGGUGCUGCAGUACGCGGGCCUGGUGGGGCAGGCGUGCUCCGAGCGGAUGCUGCUGUUCAGGAGCUGACCGGCUCGGGCCGCCCUCUGCCCAGCCUGCCCGCACUGUGCUGAUGAUGCGGGCCACGGGACAAGUUCAUUUCCGUGGGGAAAUUCCGUUACCAUCCACAGAUUAGAUUUUUUUGAUCUUCACAGUUAUAUGGCUUUUCUAAAAUAUUUUGUGGCAAUGUGUUUGUGAGAAUCUCAUGGUUAAUAUAAAGAUUUUAAAAGUAUGUUAUGACCUAGACUCAGAAUUGAGGUUUAUCAUUUGGGAAGCUGGUUUUAUGAACAAGACAUGCUAAACUUCUCUUGGUAAUAUUUUGGAAAAUAAAAUUAAUAAGUGAAUCUUAAGUAAUUUAAAUCACAGAUGUGGUUUUUUUGUUCUGUUAGAGGAAUCAAAACAGACUAUUUCCUCAGAUCCAUUUAAAACAUUAAUUUAUGCUGAAAAAAUUUAAGUAUGGGGAAGAAGGUAGGAAUUCAUUUUAUCACUUAGGAAAUGUCUUCUCAAGGGAACAAAACUGGGCUGUUACUCAGUGUUCAAUAUUACAUUACUGCCGAAUGUUAUAUUAUGUAGUUUAUUAGAAAACUUGAAACAAGGGAAAUAGUACAAAACAUCAAAAAAAAAAAAAAGUUGUGUUUACAUCGAUGCCUUUUUACCCAGGACAGUCCUAUUCACGUCUGCUGUUUUGGCACAGUUAUUUUUCCUAGAAUAAUUGUUACCUGUGCUCCCCUUUACUCUCCAAAUUGUCCCAGCAUGGACAAUAAAACAUAUGAUUACCCUUGUUAUAUAUUAUAUUGUCCAAACUGGGAUACUUUGCUCUAUUUCUAAAAAUCUUAAGAAAUGGAGUUUUUAGAAAAAUCUUGACUCCUGCCUUGACCUAAGCCCCAUCAAAGGUAAAUGUACACUAAUUCUUCUUUCCUUAGAACUCAGGACACUUGUCUUUGGUUAUUGAUUAAAAAUUAGUUAAUAUCUGACUACUUUUAGAGCUAUGCUACAAAUCACAUUUAAUGAAGUAGGGAUGAUUUUGACCUCGGUUCCAGGGCAAGAGGUGGAACCAUCCACUUCUUGCCCUUUGGUGUGGGAGUUGGAGAGGAGACGCCACACUUAGCAUGAAGUCUAGAGCAGAGGCCAGCCCCUUCUUUCCCUCUCCCUUGCUCUUGUUUGGUCCUUCACUUGUUCUGCAGAUGUCCCUCGUUCCCCACCUCAAGGGGCAGGUGCUGUGCUGGGAGGCAGGAGGCGAAUCCUCGUCACGUGUCAGUUCGCAGGGCUGGGGCUGUGCUGGAGACUUGGCAAAUGAAGGAGGGUUACUUUCCUACUUUUCUGCACUGAUCCCCAUCUGCUGCUGGCUGCUUGGCACUGAGUCCUUUUCAUUUCACAUUUUGCCCAUUUUUCUAUUCUCUAUUGAUUGAUCUUUUUAAAAACCAUAUUAUAAAACUUAGUAGCUUGAAUCCCACUACUGAUUUUAAACUUUUCUCCUAAAUGUGCUCAAUUUAGAUAUAAAACAUUAGAAAAUAAUUUCAGCUAGCUAGAAUAAAAGGGAGGAUCAUAAAACAAUGAUUUUUAAAGUGUCUAGAAGUUCAAAUAAAUCAUCCAAAUAACUAUUUAUUGAUUCAGGGAGAGUGUAUAGGUGUGUAACACCUGCCGCAGGCAGCUAGUCAGCUGACAGGGGAGAAGAGUGAGCAAAGCCAUUUUCCCUGAGAGCGUAGAUUUUGCAUUCUUCUGGAAUUUUGUCCUUCAAAAUAGUCUCCCAAGAGCAUCUGAUAGACUUACUUGGAACUGCCUUCUGUAGAACAUUUUUUUCUUUUUCCCUCUAAAGUGGAGAUAGCUUAAUUUUUUUAUGAUUGCAGAAAUGAUCCUAUAAGGAAUUGAAACAUUCAGAAAAGCAUAAAUAAAAUUAAAAUAAUCUGAAAUCCUGUUGACUUCAGAAGUGUAGUGAGUAUUCUCAGUAUUAUUAAAGUAAAGUAAGGAGGCUCGGCACCCUUGGCACUUGGGUGUCAGGUUGAUGUCAUCAGGUGCGCUACACCUGCUUUCAUCUUAGUGAUUAGCAUGGAGAAUGGAAUUCAUUAAGAUUGCAACUCGAGUAUCAAAUGAAGAGAAAGCUUGAAUCUUAACUUCUUACUGCAACUCUGCAGAAUUCAGUUUAGGGUUCCUUCAGAGGAAAAUGAUUAACCCCCCCCCCCCCACCUGGGAACCGUGGUACCAUCCCUGCGGGUGGGGUUCUAGGUCGUCUCCAGUGAAGCCCCAGAGAUGAGGUGGACAUGAGGAUGCUUCUGCUCGGUUGCUUUAUUCCUGUGGUUUUUUUUGAGAGCAGAUAGUGUAUUGAUCCUAAUGAGCAAAUUCAAAAGACAUUCGUUCUUUUGAGCCCUAGCUGAAUGAAUAUUAAUAGUGGGCCAGAAGAGGACAGUCAAGGAAAGUGACUUGGCUUGGUCAGUUGACAGGCCGUCUAGCUGAGAAGUCUGAUUUUAUGUUAAUGGCUUUCAACUAAAGAAGGACGGACACGGAAGAACCUUUCAAAGAUAGUUCAUAUCUUUUCAAGGCUGGAUCAGUCUUAGUAUUAUAGUCCCUUUCCGAUUUCAAAUAAAUGUACACCUACCUCCCUGUCUUGGGAGCAAAACUAUAAUAGAGAGUCCCCAUGCUGUCAUCUGUGUUUAAAUUAUUUCAGUUCAGUGAGAUUUUUGUUACCUUAUUUUUAAAAAAUGUAAUCUGAGCACUUUUUUAGUAUUCUAAAAGGUAGAGUCUAUUAUCAGAUGAAUAUAUUAUUCAUUUGAUUAAAAUUACUUAGAUAAGAAAUUAUUACUGUUUAUUUUGCUUUCAAACGACUUACUCUACUUUUUAUCCGUUUUGCGAAAUACCAGUUGUAUAUGAUUUCCUAAUGUAUCAGAAUUUAUUAUGUAAAUAAACCUUUCUAGAUUUCUGAACAGUAUAUGGUUUGAUUUUUAUAGGCUUUAAUAUUAUUUCAGUCUGAAUAAAGAUGAGAAAAUAUGAUAAUCAGUUUCUUAAAAUGUGGCUAUUGUUGCUAACUGUAAAGAAAAGAAGGAAAGGGAAAUCAGCUGGGAAAUGUCUGAAUUAGAAGUUACUCAAAUGUGUAUUCUUGUCCAAAAGAAAACCAGUGGCUGUAAGACAAAACAAAUUUGAUAGCAUAUGAUAUUUUUUGCUCUUGUGUAUGCUUUUUGAACAGUCCAUUUGAUAAAGCUUGAAUGGAAAAAAUAAAACUGUUUCUAUCUGCA